GUGAUCAGGGUGCUGGUAUGGGGUAUGGCAGUGAUCAGGAUACUAGUAUGGCGUAUGGUGGGGAUCAGGGUGCUGGUAUAGCGUAUGGUGUUGAUCAGGAGCACUGGUAUAGCGUUUGGCAGUGAUCAGGGAGCUGGUAUAGCGUUUGGCAGUGAUCAGGGUGCUGGUAUAGCAUAUGGCAAUGAUCAGGGCACUGGUAUGGCGUAUGGUGGUGAUCAGGGUGCUGGCAUGGCAUUUGGCAGUGAUAAGAAUGCUGGUAUGGGGUAUAGCAGUGAUCAGGUUGCUGGUAUGAUGUAUGGCAGUGAUCAGGAUGCUGGUAUGGUGUAUGGGAGCGAUCAGGAUGCUGUUAUGGGGUAUGACAGUGAUCAGGGUGCUGAUGUGGUGUAUGGUGGUGAUCAGGAUGCUGGUAUGGCAUAUGGGGGUGAUCAGGAUGCUGGUAUGGUGUAUGGAGGUGAUCAGGAUGCUGGCAUGGUGUAUGGGGGUGAUCAGAAUGCUGGAAUGGCAUACAGCGGUGAUCAGGACACUGGUAUGGCCUAUUGAGUGAU